UUUGCGCGCAUGUGAGUGGCCGGCAUUAAAAAAAUGGUCAAUUGUUUACGCAUUCACCAUAAUUCACAUACAGUUAAUCGUCUGAGACGGACGUGGUUACAUAUAGAUAGUGUUCGGUAAAACUGUGUGGUAGAAUAAAAUGAAAACGUCUCUGGUGCAGCAUCAAGCGGAUUUAUCUGGCGUAAACAUAGCAGAAACUACUCAAAACCCGCCGCCAUACAAUAACCAGAUACAAACAGAUUUAUAUCAUGUCGGUCCCACUGUGCCGACUCAACAGUUCAUCACAGUUCAAGCACCGCAAAUGGGCCCUAAAUCUGUCCGCUAUACCUGCCCAAGUUGCAGAGCGUCCAUCAAGACCAGAGUAGAAUAUGUAUCGGCGACGAAAACCCACCUGUGUGCUUUACUCCUUUGCUGUCUAUGUUGCUGGCCCUGUGCUUGCAUUCCUUAUUGCGGCAAAAGCUGCCGAAACGCCACACACUACUGUCCGAACUGCAGCGCGUAUAUCGGGAGCUACAUCGGUUAAUCAUCUUAAUUUUUGUACGUUUACGAUUGUUCGUGGCAGCCUACAUGGCGUUUUGUAUUCUGACUAAUCAUUGUGGCUAAAAGUUACGUAGAGUAGGUAUAAUGUGUUACUGAGUACCUACGUACUGUGCGUUUAUAAAAUUAAUAGAAUUGCGUUCAUAAUUAUUAUUGUCUUGAUUCGAAAUUUAAAUGUUUCUAAUGAAUCAUUAUUUUUCAGUCGUUGCGUAGGUACCUACUUAAAACACACAAACACAAAUGAUUUUGUUUUUGAUUUUGUAUGUUCUCUUCAAUUAAUAAGCACUUUCGUAAAAAUUUUAUUUCUUCAAAACUUUUGUUUAAAUCAUACUUUUAAUAUGAGUGAAGUAAUUUAGUAUGAGUAUCUAAAGUAAUAUAUUUUGACGGUCUGAGGUUGGUUUAUUUUAAUUUUAACGAGUAAACAUUGAUAGUUUAAUUAUGUGUGGUAUUUUUAAGCAGAAUUUUUGAAAUGUCCUUUUGAACUUUGAUUAUAUAUACGUGUAUAUAAUCAAAGGUCCUGAACGCAUAUUACGUGAUACAUCCACGCUAGUCCUACUUAUUAACACUCUUUACCGUACAAAAUUCAAACAGACUCAAAUCUAUAUAUUAUUAUAUAAAAAUGAAUUGCUGUUCGUUAGUCUCGCUAAAACUCGAGAACGGCUGGACCGAUUUGGCUAAUUUUGAUCUUGAAUUAUUCGUGGAAGUCCAGAGAAGGUUUAAAAGGUGAAUAAAUAUGAAAAUGCUUGGAGUUAUAUAAAAACAAACAAUUUUGUUUUUCCUUUGAUAUGUCCCCCGUCGGACCAAUUCGUUUUGUUUGUUUUAAGUUUGUUUUAUACAAAAGUUUAGGUCUUUUAUUUAUCGAUUGAGUCAUUACGAAGUCUGCCGGGUCAGCUAGUUAAGAAUAAAAACGACCUCAAAUUAGGCGAAAAUUAACAACGGUUUUCGGGUUCUACUUCAAAGUAUACUUGCAGAAUGUUUUCUGAGUCGGCUAUUCGGGCGGACAAGUGCCUGUGAGUAAUAUAAUUUCAAAUUAAAGGGACGGUUGAUUCUAUUGAUUCUUGAUUUUCAUUGUUAAGUUUUCUUUAUUAUUUUAACAUUACAUAUACCGUUUAAGUUGUUUUAUGAUGCGUCAUGAAAGUGAUUUUUGUUUUUGUGCUUAACCAAUAAACCGACCAUGAUAUUAUGUAGAUUUUUUGUAUUUGUUGAUUACUGUGAGUCUAUAGAUAUAAUAAAGUAAAUACCGGCGUCCUUUUCUUAUUUUUAUAAUCCUUCAGAGGUAAACUGAAGGAUGCUUUAGAAAUACGUAGAAUAUUAACACCUACUAGUUUUCUAAUGCGAAUAGUUAAUAUACGGUUCACUCCUCGUAAAGUUAGAGAUGGGGGGCAGAAGGAACUCGGGAAGAAGAGUGUGAUUGAGAAGAGGUAAAUUGCGCAUGAUUUUACGGAAUACAGUAAACGUAUCCUAUAGUAAACUGAGCUAAAGAUAUUCGGGGUUCUGUACAAGUAAACGCAAACAAGUAAUUAUUAGAAACGAAAGAAAAAAAAAUACUAUUACGAACACUUAUCCUUUAUGUAUUGUUUUUAUGUCGUCAAAACUGAAUCAGUUACGAGAUAGAAUUGAUGUAGACGAAGACGAUGUUUUGUUUGUACGUUAGGGCUCAUUUAGCUUAAAAUUAAUUAAGUUUCAAGUAAAGUUUGCAAUGGAAAGCAAUUUUUUUUCGUUUAACGAUUCUUUUUUAUAUAGACAUGAAAAAGAAAUAUGUUUAAAAGCUUAAGUUGUGUUUAAAAAAAUGUUAAAUUUAUGGAUUAAAUCCGAGAUGUGUAGUAAAAUUAUAAAA